AUGCAUCUUCGCAAGUUUGGGCUGCUCGCCCUCGGAGCAGCUGCUGUUGAUGCGUUCCGUGACACAUCUCCAUUCUUCCUCGCCUCGACGUCUGAGCUGCUAGCAACCUCCGCGAAUGUCAAGACCGGCACGUCGCUGCUCGGCGAUAUCUCCAAUGCUCUCGAAUCAUGUCCCUCGGAGUACUAUGUGAUCGUCAAUCAACCGGGUGUGCAUCGCUCGGACUUUGCGACCCGCAAGUCGGCACCCCGCCUCGGCGCGAAGAUGCUAGGCAAGGACAAGGCCAUUCGAUCGAAGAUCAUCGUCAACGAGGUGUCUGGUCUCCUCGAGACCAGCCAGAUCCAGGACCUGUUAGCGCGAACCUGCCAGACGCAGGUGACCACGAUUAACGGCUCCACUGGAACAUAUCCCUCUUACUUCGAGUCUGGGCCUCGAGUCAUUGCCAUCAAUUUCCCCGUGCUUUCACUGGGCUCGGACCGGGCCGACGAGCUCUCCAGCAAUGACGGCUUGAUUGCCGAUGUCAUUGACCGGAUUCCAUCCUCAUCUAAGUAUACCCUGCUCUACGUGACCUCACCCCGAGAGUUCCCCGAAACCGACUCGGCGGUCUACGAGACUGAAGAUGUCUACUCUGACUCCGUUCGCAUCGAGCUGAAGCGCGACUAUUCCGCUCACUCCCGCGACUCCAAGUCGGAUCGCACCACAUCUCUCUUUGACGAGUACCAGUUCUUUACCCCAGGUAUCUUCAUGGGAUUCAUGGCCUCCUUCCUGUGCAUUAUCAUUUUGUACAUCGCUCUCAGUGCGAUCAGCAGUCUGCAAGUUCCAUAUGCCGCGUUCGAGAAAGAUACAUCUGCUGCUGUUCAGAAGAAGCAGCAGUAG